AAACGAAAAAAGUUAAACAAGUGUAUUCAAUUUUCAACUGGCCGGGUGGAAACAAACUACAUGACCUUUGACAUGACAUGUGUCUUUCUGGAAUCUGGCGACGUGUCUCCAAUCACGUCAAAGUCUGUCGCGCGGUACCCCGUCCCCCUCCUCUCCAUCCAUCCACCCAUCCACGAACUCCGCGAAGCUAGCGCGCAUAUAGUCAUCCUCUUCCCCAUUCCCCAUUUCUCUCUCUCCUCCUCCUCUCAUCCCCUUUCUCGCCAAACUGUCUUGUGGCUGGCGAACGGCCGUGGAGGAGGUGAGGGGGUGGUGCAGGCGCCCGCGCGCGCGUGUGUGUGUUCCUCCGUCGCACGCACGCACACGCCGCGGUAGGGGAACCCCGGCACGCACGCACACACAAAAGCGGUCGUGACGGCGCGAGUCGGGGAAGAGAUCCACCCAGAAGCCGGUGGCUUGAUGCUUCCCCCUUACUUUCAUUCUGGUCCGACAGCCGCUCGUGAGAUGGCAUGGUGGCGGCGUUGUUCUCCAUCACCGGCCGCAUGGUCACGUUCCUAAUGGAUUUCGGUCGCCUCGUCAGCCCCUCGGUAAAACUCUUUAGUUUGAUCAUAUCUCGGUUGUGACCCACCAAGUUUGAGAGAGAAAAAAAAAAAAAAAGGAAAGAAAGGAGAAACAAAAUUUUCAAACACAGCGUCCGAGAGGCAUACGCAGUGCGUCGUCGCCGCAAGUUGUGUUCACUUUCUCGGAAAUGACGUGAGGGUUGUACAUGUGUGUGUGUCUCACCUGUGGAUGUCACGUUUACUUACUGCGGACGUGACACGUAGAUGAGGACACCAGGAACCUUUGGGCUUUCUACUAACGAAUUUGUGUAUGUGAGGGUUUAUUUUUCCUUCGUUUUAACCCUAUGGGCUUUCUGAAGUUUUCUGUCGAUUUAUUUUCAUCGUCAUCUGCUGCAAACCGUACCAAGAUUUUCGUCGUCUGCUGGACCGAACCGUGAGUUUUCCUCCCACAUUUUUCUUUUGAAUCCUGCGUUGGGCUUUCAGUUUACGUAACAAUAUUUACAAACGUGGGAGGAUCAACCUUGCCGUACCUGUUUUUAACUGUGACAAACUAAAUAAACGGAAUCUACACAUAAUUACUGUGUAGCUUGGAAAUUCAUUUGAUCUGCGACGGGUCAGAGGAGGUCACGAGGCGGCCGCCAGGAACAGUUUCAACGGACGCUGUGUUUGAAACAGACUUUUACAUGAUUUUUGCGGAGCUGGUGUUCAGUUGAUGUUCAGUGAUGCUCCCUACAGCUUCAUUCCCGCAGUUGACGGCGAUAACGAUCCAGCUCGUUCGAUGAGCCUCGUGCUCGUGGCACGUGACCAACGAGAUCAGUGAUCGACGUGAAAGGACGCUCGCAAGACGUUGCGGGGAGACCGAUGCGAGCCAGGGAGACAGCCACCACCGGGGAGACCAGACGGCAGAUGAGACGUGUGCGCAUGUCGCGAAUGCAGAUCGCACGAGACCGCCUGCCGAAGACGUGGCCGAUGAGAUUGGCGAGGUGGAGGACGCAAGACGUCUGGCUCUGAGCCGCCGCUGCUGUUGCAGCUGCUGCUGGAAGUGGCGUUAAACGGUUCUGGAGCGCCAUCACCUCCUCCAACCACCUGCCUGAACCUCCCUUCCUUCCGCCAAUGUAUACACUUCAAAGCACAGGCUUCGACAAAAUAAUUCCUUUUCUCUCCAGACUAGAACUGCUUCUGUUUUGAACUUUCGACCGGAUUCAUUUGAAUUUUUUAACUGUUUACAGUCGAGACGGCUUAAAGUCUUUCAUCUUCUCGGCAAGUCCAUGUUAGUUUUGUGUCUUUUUCACGCUUCGUUUGAAAACCAAGCUCGCUGUUUUGUGGAAAAACGUUUCAAUGCUUUUUGUUGUGGCUGUCAGAAACAAGCAAAGCACGGACAAGCCUAUUCCGAUUAUACACUUUGUUGAGUCUGUGUUUUCAAUCAAUAUCGAUUCUCCUCACCACUCCAUCAGCGCUGUGGGACUUUCACUUGGAGCUGUAUGAAAGAAAAUAUGUACGUUUUAACAGCAAAGAGGCUCUUGACCCUUUCACGUUUGACCGAAAGGAUUCGCGUGGGAAUAGACUUAAACCCAAGGGCUCCUUGGCGAAUCCUCAUGAAUUUAACGUGUCGGCGAAAUGCUUGCCUCCCCUUGACUCUACUUAUGGAUAUUUGAACGCGCAAGGAAGUGGGGGGCUGUUCAACACUCUGUCUCGAGAGGAGGCAGCGGAACUUUUAGAGCGCGACAACAAAACUAAUUGUCCUUCAAACGCCCGCCGACCCUCCUAAUGGAAAAGAGGUGACCUGAAAAGAAGAAUCUUGGGGAAAAGACAAGGCAGAGGGGACAGAACUCUCUUCACGUACUAGGCUUGCUUCCACUGCCAACGACCUCUACUGCUGCAAUGUAAUACUGCACUUGUCCCCUAAGGGUGUUUCGCAAAGUUCCUUACGCGCAGCUUUUUCUUCUUUAUUCAUUUUUGCCUACAGGGAGGACUUUGAGAAUUUAGUUUUGUCGAACGUUUCACGAGGGAAACGAAGUGAAGAAGUGGCUAAUCAAUAGCCCAGGACAUCCUUCGACCUCGCGAGUAAUGGAUGUGUCGAGGUGGAUUGUGGCGAGCGGUGACAAUGGCCUAGUUGCUGGGUCUUGUCCGGCCGGAGUUCUACAUUCUUGGAAGACGCUUCAUGCUUGGCAAAUCGAGUGAGGUCGUUCCUGCGUGAGAGAACUUGAGGUGAGAAGUGUUUGUGCCACGGACUCGUCACGCAUCAAGAUAAAUCACCCACCCACCCACAUCUUCUUUGUUGUGUUUGUUUGUCACUCUGCAGUAAUCAUACUGUAUAACGGUUCAUGGUAACAUAGUUAUCGUAGCUAGAGUCGAUGAAGUCAUUUGGAAACUAUUACUUGAAAACUGAGCGCGCACGUGCAGGCCGGACGGAAACAAGGGAGUGAAAAAAGGAAGGCAAGAAACGUGAGACAAGAGAAAUAACUGGUCGUAGGCGAGAGAGAACAAACGUCCCGUGGGGCUGACUGAGAAAGAAAACAUAUCUGUCAUUGUAACGUGGGGGUGGCUGCGUUGGAAGUUAACUAUGGAGAUCCUGGCCCGUUACAGACCAGGACACGUUCUGUUGAUCCUUCACCUUCUUGCCCUUUGCAUGAUCUCCGUGACAUCGCAGAACAAAGAACUAAGUUACACUAUCUUCGAAGAGCGGCCAGUCCCAGACACGGUGGGCAACGUGGCGCGGGAUUCGAACGCCUCUAUCCCUGUUGGCACUGACGUGUUCAAUACCCUCCGCUACCGCAUCUUGCUACAGCCGGACACCAACAGCAAACUAUUCUCUGUCGGAAACACCACCGGCAUUCUACUGACGGCCGCGCGCAUCGACCGCGAGAGCCUGUGCCACUUCUCCGAGAAGUGUCGUCUGCUCGUCUACGUCGCCAUUCAGCAGAAUAACGGUCCUUUCUUCAUCACCGUCAAGGUGAACGUCAACGUACGCGACAUCAACGACAACGACCCGCAGUUCCCGCAAGCCUCCAUGACCGUCCCCAUCCGCGAGAACUCCGCCAUCGGUGUCACCAUCGACAUCACGCCGGCAGUGGACCUGGAUGUCGGAGAGAACACGAUCCAGGACUACACGCUGGUCACCUCGGAUCCCACUGUCUUCACCCUGGAUGUAUCCCGUGAUCUUGAUGGCAGCCUGGUGCCCAAUCUGAUCGUGAACUCACAGCUGGACCGAGAGACGAAGGACUUCUACUCUCUUGUCAUUCAAGCCGUGGACGGAGGAGUGCAGCCCAGGAGUGGAGUGCUGACCCUCAACAUCACCGUAGAGGACGACAACGACAACCCUCCGGUGUUCGAACACUCGCAGUAUAAUGUCUCGGUGAACGAGACCCUAGCGCCGCGGUCGGUGAUCACCUCUGUGUUGGCGAGUGACCGGGACAUUGGGUUCAAUGGAGAGGUUCGCUACCGCUUCAGCUCUCGCCAGCCUGAGGAAAACGCCAACGCCUUCGGCAUCGAUGAGUCGACUGGCGAAAUCAUGUCUAUGCAGGACCUGACGAACCUGCAAGGUCGCACCCUUCGCCUGAUAGUAGAAGCUGUCGACAGGGGAGCAAAGCCCCUAAAAGCGCAGGCCGUGGUAAAUGUGUACGUUGCCGACGCCGUCAACAAUCCACCCAGCAUCCGCCUGACCACCAUCUCCGGCGCCAACAUCUCGCUGGUGAAAGAGAACGCGAAGCCUGGCUACGUUGUGGCCCACUUCAUCGUCGUCGAUGUAGAUUCGGGUACCAACGGCAUCGUCAGCUGCUCGUCCAGCAGGGGCAACUUCGCGCUUCAGAAACUGGUGGAGAACGAGUACGUAACCCUCGUUGGACAGCUGGACCGCGAGACACGGGACCGCUACGACGUGCAGGUCAAGUGUUGGGACUUCGGACGGCCGUCACUGUCGUCGGCUGUGCCAUUUACCAUCAUUGUGGAGGACGUUAACGACAACCCGCCAGUCUUCGCGCGACCUUUGUAUCGCCGGAACGUCACUGAAGAACAGGGACCUGACAUCCUGUUAAAGGUGUCGGCAACUGACCGCGGAGGGGACAACGGACGGGUAUCCUAUCGCCUGUGGAAUGUGACAUCUUUCUUGUCCUCGCUCAUCUCUGUGAUGCCCAACACAGGGGAAAUCCUGGCUAGGACCUCAUUCGACCGCGAGCUUUACCGCACGGUAGACUUCACGGUGCUGGCCGAGGACCACGGAAAUCCUAAGCUGACGGCGCAUACCAGGGUCAUCCUGGACAUCAUCGAUAUCAACGACCGUAAACCCAGUGUCCCAGUUGGUUAUACGUUGCAGGUGAUGGAGAACCAGCCCUCGGGGACUGUGGUUGGCACAAUUAAAUCCAUUGACGAGGACGAGGGGAAGAACGGGAUGGUGGAUUAUCGUCUCCUUGCUGACAACGACGUCGCGCAUUACUUCCAGGUCGAUCGCACAGGAGUCGUGCGCACGCGCGUGGAGUUCGACAGGGAGACACGAGACCACUAUGAGUUGUCUGUCCUAGCCACGGACAACGGGGAACCCAAGAACGAGAAUGUGCUAAGUGUUGGGGUGGAGAUCACUGACCAGAAUGACAGCCCCCCGCGCUUCCUCCGACCCAACGAAACCUCUAGCAACGUCAACAUCUCCUCCGGCAUCCCGGCCAAGACAGUCAUCUUCCUGGCCAAGGCCACGGACGCUGACCUGGGAGUCAACGCACAACUGGACUUCGACUUCGCGGGAGAUGGAUACGGGACGUUCAUCAUCAACCGUUCGACGGGGGCGGUAGCCACGGCACGGGAGUUGCAGCCGCGGGAUGCCGGCACCUACACGCUGGUUUUGGUGGCCAGCGACCGAGGAAUCGACUCCCGCUCGGCCGUCACCACUCUUACGGUCGUUGUCGUGGCUGAGAAUGGUACGAUGAUGGCCUCAGGGCAGGUCAACGAGGACCACAUUAUAGUUGUUGUAGUGCUCGUGUGCCUGACGGUCCUAACCGCCGCCUGCGUCACGGCCAUCCUUCUCCGACUGCGGCACUCUGAUAGCCGCGAGCGCCAUCCUCCGCCUACCAAAGCGGCAGCCUACCACCUGCGGGAGGUCAAAGGUUCUGGCUCGAACCUCAGCAGCUUAGGAGGAGUGGGAGGAGGCGGUGGCGGCUGCGGAGGGGCGGACAGUGAUGGUGACAGCAGCCGGGGACGACGCGGGAGUCCCCCAAACGAGAAGGCCUCCUGGGGUGGAUACGAUGCGGUCAAAGGUCACGGGGUCGGUGUGGAGGAAACCGGCGCACCUGACAUGGGACGCGAUUCUGACGACGAUCUCAUCCUCUUUAAACUCCAGCUCGCCGAGCAGUACAAGGAACGGGAUCUCUACUUAGCUAAGUCUCUGAGCCCCAGCCGCCAGCCUCUACUUAAGGACACGCGCAGUUCCGCGUCAUCGGACGUCAGUGGCUCCAGCAGCGGCAAUGACGUCACGAGCCAGACACGGUUAGCGGCCUUGAAGGUGCAGCAGACUCUGCUCCAGCGCGCCCUGUCCGUCGAAGACAAGCUUCCGGAUCCGGGUCUAAAGGCUAAUCAUUUGGACAAGCCUGCCAUGGACGAAAUGCUGAGCAGUUCCUCCAGAGAGACAAAUGGAACCGACAGCGGACGAGGUGGAAGUGAAGAUGAUAGUCAGACAGUAGAGUCUGUCCGGUCUGAAACUGAGUCCGGGUUUUCCAGCUUCCUGGCCAUGCCGGUCAAGGAUGGGUGGCGACAUGUUGGGACAGACGACUACAAGAACGCCCCUCCAUCAAACGCCAAGCCUCCGGGGGAUCAGUCCUCCCAGCUGCACACCUACGGCAACGUGGGCAAGAUGGCGCCACAGCCUGCCAUCCGAAUGCCAGACCGGCCUUAUGCAAACAGCCUGAGUGACCUCGACCAGAGGAAGCCGGGAUACGAGGGGACACCGGAAGCGCCCGGGUCCUUGAAGACCUUCCGGUCCUACACGCCCAAGAGGCCUGUCCGUACCGUGCACUUUGACCAGGAUAGCACCAAAGGUUACGGGAGCCUCAACUGCAAUAACAACACCAACACCACAACCAGUAUCACCAACAAUAACAACAACAGCAACGGCAACUAUCAGCCCAAUGCCAAACAGACUCUGCACGCGCCGGGCACGGCUGCCAGCAAGUCACGUGAGCCGCGGUUCCAGCCCCAGUUCCAGUCGUCCAGAUUACGAUCGAAUCCCAGCUACCCGCAAGGCCCGGCUGGUGACGUUGUGAGCAACGGUACCCAGGGUGGCAACUGCGUCGGCUUGGGAGGUGGGAACUGGGGUGGAAGCAGUGGCCUUGGAAGUGAUGGAUAUCAUCAUCAAAAUUCUCCGGGUGCUGACCCGACACGUCACCAUGGAGAUUUAGCCUUUUACGGUACAGGGCGCCGUGAUGUGGGCGUGGACAGUCUAAACGACAGCGCGGACACUGGUGACGAGGGGAACACUACCACGACCUCGGGGAGUUACGCAGUGGACCAAGACGAAGUCAUCCAGGAACUGCAGAGCGACAUCUUUGUGUGACCGUUUCCGCCAGUUCUCGUUUGGCAUGUGACCUUAAUGGCGUCCAGCGAGAGAAAUCGCAGUCUAUCGUGUUUCUGAUUUAGCUCUAUGCUUGCUCUUCACCUGGCAUACACACUUAUCCGAGACUUAACUGGGGUCUGCACAUGGCCUGCAGCCUUUUGACCCUUGACACAGAGAGGGAAACUUUGUGAGUUGGGUUGUUUUUUUUUUCCACAGUGCUUUGUGGAACUGAUUUGUGACAACAUGCUUAAAGCUUCGUGUACUUCCGUUUAGGGAAAAGGAAACUAGAACUGUUGUGCAAUGUGAACUUGCUUCUUGCUUGUCUACAAUCUGCAGUGUGCCGCUGGUUUCUGGUCUAUGUUCCUUGCCUCCACAGGCCAAGAUCAGUAGUGCUUGUGAAAUCUUAUGCCCCAUGAAUGGAGAGAGUGGGAGAGAAUGAAUGUGUCUGCGGAAAGUAAAGAAACAGAUUGAAUCAGAAAAGAAAGAAAAUUACCAAAAUUGAGACACCUAAACGCCCCUAAAUACCUUCCACCACCGCCAACUCCCACCCCAUAUACAUUAUUUACUUGACAACAAUAGCAAUGUAAACACAAAAGAGAAGAUAGAAAACUCUAGUAAUGAAUAAAAGUUCAUAAGAACGAAUACAUGCAACAAGAAAAAUAUAUUCUUUAAAUAACAGUUUUUUUCGUUGUAAGUUUGUUGAUCUUAACACUAUCAAGACGAAGCAAAACAAGACAAAACAAUUACCUGUUACUUUACCUGAGGGCUUACCUCAGCGCCGGUAUACACGUCUAUACACUUGUUCUCCUUGUAAAAACAUGCAUUUGAACUCGAACUUGCAUUUGCCCUUUAAGAACAAAUAUUAUUCAAGACAACAUUUCUUACCAUCUAGCUUUCAUCGGUUUUCCUCCCCAAUCAACCCUUGCAAGAAAGAAGGACAGACAACAUCAGAGGGAUCGCAGGGGCUUUGGGCGACUCGCCACACCCUCCGGAAGAUUUUUCAAGCUCGCUUGGAGCUGUGAAUAGAAACAAGCCCCUUGCCUCGCCCAUGGUCGAUAGAAAGAAGAAACUGGAUCGUCUGCAAGACGACAGGGAGGUAGCAAAGCCACCGUUACCCGAGUCUUGAUAGGUCAUGAGUAUAAUGAACAUGUAAGGCUGCCUGGAAGUCUUCUCAAUAAUAGUAGCUACCUCCGUCUCCUGCAUAGAGGAUGUACACCAGAUCAUUUACAAGGUAUAGGGCAGUAACUGUGCGUUUUGGAUGUAACACACUCACACACACACGCCUGUAGGAGUGGUUCAUUGUGACUGACCUUUCGUUGGGAUGCUGUGUGUUUUGCGAUGAUGGCUGCCUGUCGGUUGGAAGCGGAGCGUGACAUUUUCAGAGCAAACGUUGACUGAAGGGAGUUUUAAAAGUCAAAGCAGGGUGAUAAGAAAAUAUCAACAAAAGAAUGUGAGAGAGAUGUAUAUUCAUAUAAGAUAGAGAAAGGAAUGUACUUGUACAUCUUGUAGCCUUUGUUCGGUUAAUACAAAACCACAUAGUGUCUAGUUGAUGAGAAAACCGCUAUGUCUUGGUGUGGGUCAUGAAUGCAUGGCUUCCAACACACACACAGAGAAUAAAAGGCUGGAAUCUCAAAGACCGUUCCAAACUGGUGUCUGAGAACAUACUCUGUGAUUUCGUGUCUCUGGCGAGGUAUGAAAGCACAGGGUAUGAAACUCUUGCAUUAGAACAAAAGAGUUAUUUGAACUUCCAGGUCUGAUCUCAUUAACCUUUGCUUGUCAUGACACCCGGAGUCAGCUGGACACUAAUGCGGUUUCACACUCAAACCAUUCGUUCCUAUUUGCAUGCGUAUUUUAUAUUAUUUAGGUCUCGUUUGCUAUCUGGAAGUGAUAGUGAGCAAGUAGUUAUGCGGAUUAUUGUUGUAAAAAAACCCAGCGACAAGCACUUUGUACCUACCAUGAAGUUCCUGAACUGAUGUUGAAGUCGUUAGUACAGGUAGUCGGGGGCCACGGUUUCUGGGUAAAACAAUGGUAAAAUAUCUACAUUUCUGUGAAGUUUCCAAUGCAGUUUGAUCGUUAUGACGGACAGUGGAAGGAAAACAACAUCCAAGAAAAAAACAGCCAAGACUGAACUGUGUUGCGGUGUGAUGUAUGUGUGUGUGUGUUUGUUUGUGUGAAAACUUUUCACAAAUCCAAUGAUUGGCUGGACAUUAUUUUGCGGAGAUUUGUGACUUACAUGAGAUUUCAUUGUGGCGAUGUUAAGUUGUUAAUUUUUUUUUGACAAGCAUUUAUUUACGUUCUCUAUUGUAUCAUUUGUAAACAAUCAUUUUGAGUUAAUUAUGCCGUGCAAGACCUGAGAGACACGCGAGGUUUCACUCAAAAACCUACCAGCAGCUUACGUCACUAACCGUUUGAUCGCUAAUAUGUUCAGCUUUAACAAAGGCCUCUUUGAACUUGUUUUUGUUUUUACAUGCUGUUAUUUUUUUCAAAGUCAGUUUUGAACUUCAAUAAAACUUUUUUAAAAGAUGACUCCUACUUGAAAAGCCCAGUUUCCGACAACCUGCGAGGAGGUCUCCUCGUAGAACAAAGGUGUCGGAUGGCGGCCGUUGCCCACAAAAACUUUCAUGCAUCGUGCAUGCGAAGCUGACAUAAGUUAUUGCCAUGUCCUCAUCUUGGGAUCACAUCUUAAGGACAUAUGUGCCACGUGAUCCAAAUAUGACAAAGUAUCCGACCUUUUUGAUUGAUUGAUUUAUUAAUUUGUUAGAUGUCCUAAUUUUAAUAUUUUCAUUUACAUAUACCACAGUCUUUAAAUUUUUUAAUCCUUGCGGGGUUUUUGUUUGUUUGUUAUUGGUAAUGAAGAAAAACAAAGGCUAGCAAGUUUCAUUGCGUGCAGCACUAUUCAGAUAUUCUGUUUCUUCAAAGGAAGAUCCACCUAGAGAAAAGUGUUCGCCUCGUUGUUAGGCAGGUAAUAAUCAAGGCGGACAUCUCACACCAGGGCGGCGCCUCGACUCUGCCACUUCGCACCACAUUCUUCAUUAAUAUGUAUAAGUGUGUAUGCGUGCAAGUCAGUAAAGUUCUCUUUUUAUUAUUAUCAUUUUUUUUAACUUGUCCCUCCCAGCGUGUAUUAUACAUGUGUUAUUUGCUGAACACCCCAAGUGCUUUCGUUUCAUUAGUCUGCAGGGAUCGAGUUUUUUCAACUUUAUUUUAUACACGAUGAAGACGCCGUCUAAAUUCGUGAGAACUAUCGUGGCAUUCAGGUGCUUGUCCAGAAUUAUUAUAUUGUUUACAUUAUCCCCUUUUUUGUAUUUAUCGAGUCAAUGAAGACUUGGAAUUAUAAAGAUGAUUUUAAAAUAGAAUUAACUUUCCUUCUUUUGUCAUCAUUUUGCAAUUCCUUCAUCAAACUCACUUGAAUUUGAAAUUAUUUUAUAUUUUACAACAAUUUUUUGCAUUGAUUUCUUCAUGACAUAAUUCAGUCAAGUGAAUUUUUAUCAAAAAAAAAUUACGAAAGAAAAUGAUCAGAUUUUAAAGAUGCACUUUUUUUUUGCACGUGCAUCAAGAAAUGUUCUCAAUACCCUCGCCUUUACACUUGCCUUCGCGGAGAUUUGCCGGAGAGACAAGUCGGGUACAUCCUGCUUCAGUUGAUGACACACGAUAGAGACGGACUUCAAGAAAACAAUUUUUUGUCUUUGUUUUUCUUCUUUUUCUCAUGAGCGCCGCAGCUCCAUUGCGUUGUUUUUGUUGAUAUCUUGUCCUUGCCAAAAACAAGUCAUGUAGCUAUUGUUUCUGGUAUGUUUUUAAUAUGACGAUUUUCCUGUACAUAUUAAAUAAUAAUUGAGUGUUGUGCGGCAGCUUCGUCAAAAAGGUGAUGUGUGUUUGUUGUCGGACCUGCUGUCCGCUCUGCUUCAUACUGCCAACAGUUUCCGUUCGAAUCUAAAGGAAUUAUAUGAUCAGGGUUGUGCAGUUGUGGUCAAUUUACUCCAAAAAAAAUUGCGGUCGCACUAGUUGAAUAUUGGUUGUUUUUAUAUUUUUUCUUUCUUUUUGUUUGUUUGUUUCUUUUUGUGACGUGUGUAAUCGUUGUACAUUGUAAAAAUGUACUUCUUCAGUUAUCUGUCUAUCAAUUUAUGUCUGUCCUGCUAGCUAGAUAUCUGGCAUGUUAAAAAUAAAUAUAAAAUUAAUAUUAAAAUCGAGCUCGCACCUGUUUAUUUAAAGCAGUUGGAACAAUUGACAGGUUUUGAUUUUAGAAUUUUUGUCUUGUUUAUCGCCAAGACUACAGAACAUUUGACAAUUAUGUAUACAAAUUUUAGUAAUACCGGCAUGUACUUCAGAUGCAGAUGUCCAAGCAGUUUUGAUAGUUUUAUUUACUGGUAUCUUCUUUAAAAUGCUUUAAUAUCAUUUGAUGGCUUUACUGUCAGGAAUGGGUUGAAGUGGAUGUAAAGGAACGAUGGAUCCUCAAUGUUCGUAUUGCCCUACCCCUCCAGCAGAUUGAGUUACCCCCUUGUGUCGGUGCAAAAUGGUGUUUGGUGUCUUGUCUCACCAGCUGCACAUAUCAGUGGUGUUCUGGUCACAAUCACCUGCACACCUGCGCACCUGCGCACCUGGCCACCUACGCCUCGUCAGCCAACCAUUUUGUUGCGUACCUGAGCUUAGACGGCAUUAUCUAAACCAUGGUUUUAAUAUCACUCCUACAUAUUCCCCGUCCUUUCCCCUGGGCACAGUUACUGAACUCAGCUAAAGGAUAGCUCAAAAUAUUAAAUUACAAAAUUGGCAUUAUAAAACAAAUUGUGUAGGCUAUAAUGGCAUUGUCAUUAGCGAAGAGAAGAUUACGGAAAAUGUGCAGCAAUCAUAAAACAGACGUUUCGAAGAUUUUUUUUAUCAUGAACAUCUUUUUUUAACAAAAAAAGAAAUUAUUUAUAGCACAAGAUGUCAUCUUCACAAUAUUACUGAUAUAGCACAGGUAUUGUCGUAUUGUUAUAUGAUGUUAGAUAAUGUUUUUCACUGCGAACAUUGUAACCCAAAUUCUGUAAUGAUGGCUGACUGUAAUUUUUUUUACAGUUUGUAACAUUCAGUCUCGUGCUCUCAGCCAUCGAGUUUUGGUUUGGCUGUAGCAGCUAUGCUGGAAAAAUGUCUUUCAAAUUUUCAUUAUAGUAAUUUUGUUUUUACUGUGUUUGUGAUUUGGUUUAUGUUUUUCUUUUUAAUCUGGCAGCAUUUCGAAACCAUCUUCGCUAUUAUUCUUUCUGUCAACACAAAAAAUAUACAGAAGGAUGUUCAGUCUCCUGACACCAAUUAAGGUUCAGAGAAACAGACAUCAACUUAAAGAUUGAUAUUGGUUAUUUGAUAAUUUGAGACGUUUACCAUAUAUAAAAAUGUCAAUAAACAAUUAACCGAAGUAUUAUUUAAAAAUAAUACUUUACACUUUGAAGUGUUCAACUUUCGUUUAAUAUAUCAAAUUGAACUUCAAAACUCAGUGCGAAAAAAGAGUAAACAAUGCUUUAAAAUUAUUUUCAUGAAAGAUGCAUCUUUGCUUUUGGGUCCAUUUACUUUUUCAUUUUGCUACGCACUAAAAAUUUUGAGUUGAGGCACCCCAAAACUAUGAAUUAUUCAUAAACAAUAUUUUAUUUUGCGAUGUUUUAGUCUAAGCAUUUGCAAAAUCCUUGAACUGCAUGAUACCCGAGAUGCUUUCAAAAAACCAGCCAGAUGACUGCCGGAGGAUGUAAGUUCUAAGUAGAAAGGGAUGUUUUUUUGCUGGUGAAUAUUUUGCUGUCAUGAUCAGGAAAUUUACAAAUGUUGUUUGUAGAGACUAAUUCAACAGCCGCUGCUAAAGGUCGCGUGGGCGAGUGUACUGUACCAUGCGCGUCUGUCUUUCAUCUCUUGUCAACAUUUCCAUACUUUUAUGUGUGAAAUAAAUUCGACUUGCUGACCGAC